AUGAUAGGCUGGGCUCGAUCCAUUGUGAUCGGCUUCUGCGCCGCACAUGCGGUUGAAGCAGCAGGCCUCAAUGGCAAAUCCAUGCCCCUGGAUCUCAGCACACUCAUGAACAAUAAGGGAUUCGGGCGCAAACCACUGGAGGCCGCUUUUGACGUCAAGAACGACUCGUACCCAGACCCCGGCUUCAAGAGCAAGGUCUACACAUCCACCCAGACUGGCAUCGAAUUCAGCUUCCCCGGAUACACUGGACCCGGGAACCCCGACAAUGUCAUCUGCGCCGGGCAAACGAUCCCCGCACCCUCCACCGGCAACGGAACCUUCUUCAGUGUUUCGUUCCUGGUGGCAGGCGACCUGGAGACCGCCAGCGUGUCGAAGAACGUGACGUUUACCUACACGGACAACACGACGUCCCUGUACGAGCUGCGGUCGCUGUCCUUUUUCAACUUUCUGACCAUCAACCGCGGAGAAAUCAUCCUGCCUUCGCGGUACACGGGGCACGGAGAAGUCAACUACAACACGACGCACAUCUUUGAGCGUUCCGCCGCCCUCACGCCCGGCAAGCAGCUCGCCUCCAUCACCCUCCCGACCACGACCAACGUCUCCGAGAGCAGGCUGCACAUAUUCUCCAUCAGUUUGUACAGCGGCUCGGCCGUCGAGAUCCAGAGCCUGCGUCCCACCCAGAAGUGGUGGGACAACGACACGCAGGUCGUCGAGGUCACGCUGAACAAUGCCGGCACCGAGUGCGUUUCGGGCAAGGGGCUGACGGUGGAGCUCACCGGCGCUGGGCUUGCAACUGUGCGUCCUGGCGUCGUUCAGCGCCUGUGUCCAGGUGACCAGCAAAAGGCCUACGUUGGCGUCAAGGGCGGGACAGCAAAGCCCGUAGAUGUGGUUGCGCAUGUUAAAGACGGCAAGAGUGAACAGAGCAAGACUUUCUCCAACGUCGAAGUGGGCUUGACCGAGUGGACACCCGACUCUUCCAGCUUGGCCAAGCAUGAGUCGCCAGACUGGUUUGACGAAUCCAAGUUUGGCAUCUUUUUACAUUGGGGACCCUACGCGGUCACAGGCUGGGGAAACUCAACCCCAUACGAGAGCUACGCUGAAUGGUUCUGGUGGUACUCUACGCAUCCACCCCCCGCAGACCGUUCGGGAUUCAGGGAAUAUCGACUGAGGACCUACGGCAAAGACUGGGCCUACGACGACACCUUUCCAGAGUUCACGGCGGAUAAAUACGACCCCAAAGCAAUUGUCGAUCUCAUCGCCGACGCUGGCGCAAAAUACUUUGUCCUAACCACCAAGCACCACGAUGGAUUUGCAAUCUUCGACGCCGGCAAAACAUCGAACCGCACGUCCUUGCACUACGGUCCCAAGCGGGAUCUGCUAGGCGAGCUUUUCGAGGCUGCCGCAAAGUACCACCCGACCAUGAAGCGAGGCACCUACUUCUCGCUGCCCGAGUGGUUUCACCCAGAGUGGGCCAAGUACGGCUUCGACCAGUUCAACAAGACGGAUAGCCCCGGCACGACCUCGUGGACGGGCGGUCUGGCUCUGAACCCCUACACGGGCGUCAAGGAGCCGUACACAGGCUACGUGCCCAUCAGCGACUUUAUAUCGGACCUCCAAGUCCCGCAGAUGGAGACGCUGGCGUACAAGUACGGCACCGACAUCAUGUGGUGCGACUGCGGCGCAGCAAACGGCACCGCCGAGUUUGCAGCGCGCUGGUGGAACGAGGCACGCAGGCAGAACCGCCAGGUGGCCAUCAACAGCCGCUGCGGGACCGCCCACGCGGCCGACUUUGACACGCCCGAGUACAAGACCUUUAGCAGCGCUCAGGAAUUCAAGUGGGAGUCCAACAGGGGCAUGGACCCGUACAGCUAUGGGUAUAACCGCGCCACUCGAGAUGAGGAGUACAUGAACGCGACGACGAUUGUGCACACGCUUGUGGACAUGGUCUCCAAGAACGGCAACUUCCUGCUCAACGUCGGACCCAAGGCCGACGGAACCAUCGCGCCCAUCAUGGCGGACAACCUGAGAAUCGCCGGGCGGUGGAUCAAACUACACGAAGCCAGCAUCUACAACACGACCUACUGGUUCCCCUUGAGCCAGAUUGUGGGAAGCGGUGACGGCGCCACUCCGGACGUGAGAUUCACGCGGGCAAAGGACGCCUUCUACACGCUCUUCCUGGAGAAGCCUAAAAUUGGAAAAGAUGGCUAUGUGACCAUCCCCGCGGCGGUACCUGUGCUCGAGGGCGAUGAGGUGAGCAUGCUCGGCGUCGAGGGAGGGGAGAAGCUUGACUUUAAAAUUACAGGGUCGCCAGGCGGACGAGGUGGCGACAAGAGCUUGAAAAUAAAAGUCGACCAGAAGCUGUUGGACAAUGACGAGAUUUGCUGGGUUUUCAAGAUCAAUUCGAAUUCGACAACCAUGUCAGGAACGUGGGUGCCAGAUGUCGAUGAGGACAGCGAGUUUUCGUUGGCCAACAUCCCCUUUGGCAUCAUCAGCACCCAGAACGACACAACUCCCCGGGCAGCAAUUGCGAUUGGGUCAUCAGUGCUUGACCUCAAGGCUCUCGAGCAACAAGUCGACUUUUACGAUGUCUUCCCGAUGCUCAAGGAAGCAGAAAAGGGCAUCUUCUCGCGCCCCACGCUGAACGCGUUUGCGGCCCUCGGCAGGCCGGUGCAUCGCCAGGUUCGGGAAGCCAUCCAAGGCCUGUUGGCCACAGACACAUCGACGCCAGGUUUUCUCAAAGAUAACGCCGAGUUGCGAGAAAAAGCACUCUUGUCGCAGCGUCUGGUCAAGAUGCACUUGCCCAUGGAGAUAGGCGACUACACCGACUUCUAUGCUGGCUACCACCACGCGUACAUGGUCGGAUGCCUGUUCAGGAAUCCGGAGAAUGCGCUGCAGCCCAACUACACCCACUUGCCGGUCGGAUACCACGGCAGAGCUUCGACGGUGGUUGUCUCAGGGACGCCCGUCACUCGUCCCUGGGGCCAGAUUCUGUUGGACCCCGCCGCAGAGCCCAAGGUGCCGACGACGGCUCCCUCGAGGAGACUGGAUAUGGAAUUAGAGCUGGGCUGCUUCAUCGGUGGACCGACAAACCCGAUCGGGGAACCGGUGCCCAUCAAGAACGCCGCUGAUCGAAUCUUUGGCUAUGUGCUCCUCAACGACUGGAGCGCGAGGGAUAUCCAGGCUUGGGAGUAUGUGCCUCUUGGCCCGUUCAACAGCAAGAACUUUUGCUCGUCCAUUAGCCCCUGGGUGGUUCUUGCGGAUGCCCUGGAGCCUUUCCGGACGAAGCCCAGCGUGUCCACUGGCGUGAAGCUGCAAGACUACAUUACGGAGGAUAGAGAGGACACCGUAUUUGACAUCAACCUCGAGGUGGACCUGACAACCCCCGAAGGCGACACCACGACGAUCUCUCGCACCAGCUCCAAGCAUCUCAUCUGGUCGUUCCCGCAAAUGAUUGCUCACCACACCUUGGGUGGUUGCUCCAUGAGGGCAGGAGACAUGCUGGGGUCAGGCACAAUCAGCGGGCCAUCGGCAGGCGAGAAGGGAAGUUUGUUGGAGAUGACAGAGGGUGGGAAGAAGGAUGUCCUGCUCUACGGCAUGGACGCACGAAAAUUCUUGAAAGACGGCGACACUGUUACGUUGCGAGGCGUUUGUGGCGACAAGGGCAAGCGCGUAGGAUUCGGAAGUUGCCGCGGUCGCGUCUUGACGGCGAUCAAUAGGAAUAACCUCAACGAAUGCAAGCGACGCAAGAUAAAAUGUAACGGCCAACAACCAUGCCAGCGAUGCGGGCAUCUGAACCUAGCAUGUCUCUAUUCUCCAAACUGCUGCUCGAGCAGUUUCAAGGAGUCGGACGACUACAAGCGAAUGACGGAACAGAUAGCAAAGCUGCAGGAGCAAGUAAAUACGCUCUUUGAUAACAUGAAUUCGUUACGCCAAGACACAUUGCACCCAGAUGCCCGUCAUCACCACAUGUCCCCAUCCGCCGAUCCGCGCAACGGUCCCGCAGUGAGCAGUUUGGUAGCUCCGUCCGUCUCGAACUCGACAUCGUCAAACACCGACCCGGCGCUGCAGCGACAGUCCCUGCCACCUUUCCCACCGCCCGGUUUUCGUGGUCCCACGAGUAGUCUUUAUGGCGUUAACGUCGCAAAGACCUCUAUGCAUAACAUGGGCUACAACAAUGAGGGGAAUGACGACAGCGGCGGUGCUGGCGAGGAAGCUCUCGAAAUGUCGCCUCCCGGCAUGAUUCCAGCAUCCCUUCCCCUGGAUCCUUCAGCGCCUAAGCGGGCGACUGACCCGCUCUGGUUAUACGACAAGAGCGAGAUUCUGCGGCUCUGCAGGGUGCAUGAGGAAGAGAUUGGAGUCAUGUAUCCAGUCGCAAACAUGGAGGCCGUCAUGGACCAUGCUCGCAACCUGGCGAGCUGGAUGGAAGCCACCAAACGAAAGGACGACAAUGCAGCGUUCAUCCAGGAUGUGAAUCUAAUGGACACACCAACACUCAAGCUCAAAAUAAUCAUGUGCUGUGCCAUGGUUGUUGAAGGGCAUGGACAUAGCCCCAAGGCCAUGGAGCUUUUUGAGACCAUCCGGCACAUUCUGGAUCGAAAGCUGAUGAGCGAGCCCAGCGAGGUCGCAAAUCUUCCGGUCCUUUGCCUCUAUGCUGGAUACCGCUUCCUCAACAACGAGGAGAUAUUCGCAUGGCGCGUCGUGGGGCAGGUCACACGACUCUGCCUUGAGCUGGGACUUCAUCGCCGUGAAGGGUUGAUGAAGAUUCCCCAAGAAGAUCGCAAGACAGCAAUCACUACUUUCUGGGCCUCGUACGUGCUCGACAGGAGAUGGAGUUUUGGGACCGGACUGCCUUUUGCUGUGCAGGAUGACAUGAUAGAUCCUGGGCUACCACAAAUGGAGGAAUACCCGUAUCUUGCGGCCAUGAUAACAUACUCGAGAUUGGGCGCCAAAAUUUGGAGGCUGGUGGACUAUUUCGAGCCAGCUUUCGUCCUUGAUCUCAAGAGAGAAGAGUUUGAAGCCCUCGAUCGUGAAAUUGUCGAUUGGUACGACUGUUUGCCAAGCGAGGUCAAGUCCCCAACGCUAGACAUGGUGCCACUACCGUCGAGUUUGACAUACAAUACCCAGAAGCUGCAGGUGUGGACUAGGCUAAGGCUGAACCAGAUGCGCAUCUGGCUACAUACCCCUGUGCUACACAGCGCCAUGAGUAUCCAAAACAACAUGCAGUUGGCUCGGAAGGUCGUCGACCUUGCACGUGAGACCAUACAAUAUCUCAAGAAACUUAACGACUCGACCAAUCUGUACAGGCGACUCCAGGUCUUUUACCAUCAAUUUCUUACCUCAGCAAUGGCGGUUCUCUUCCUCGCUUCGGCACAUGCGCCCGUCGAUUUUAGCAGCGUCGUGCGUUCGGAUUUUUACACUGCUCUGGAGCUCAUCAAGGACAUGUCAGCCAAGAGCUGGGUAUCCCAACGACUAUGGCGCACCGUAAAAUCGUUAAAGAACUACACGGCGCGUGUAGGACUUGAAGAAAAUGGAAGCAGCAACUUGGUCAAUGGCCGACAGCAGCAGCAGCAGCAGCAGCAACACACCUCAGGGAACCAGGCGGACGACCUCUCUAUCCACGGGUCGGGCAUGUCUGCGUCUGGGAUGACCUCCAUGACAGGCAUGCACGACUACAUGUACUCGCAAAACGGCGGCGGCAACAAUGUUGAGUCCUCGAACUACCCUCCGCCUCCUCAGCUCGGCCAGCCCCAGCACGUCCAGCAGGGAGACAAUGGGAAUUCGCCAGCGAGCAGAAUCUCACCCGCUGCUGGUUUUCCGUAUGGUCACGACCACGGGCUGGACGACAAGCAGAAUGGCCUCGCGCUCCAGAGCGAGAUGAAGACCAUAUUCGAGGGCUGCUUUGGCAUAAACGGGCUCCAAAUGACAUCGAUGAGCGAAUCCGACUACGCCGCUGCCAACUCUGGGCGCGGAUCGUCGACUUUUUCCUCCAUUGUUGGUAUUCCACCGUCUGGAUAUAGUCCCGUCGGGGGUGGAGGUGGUAACGAAGGCAAUAAUGAGGGACAAGGGCCUUCUGGGGAUGGGCUGGGGAUGGGUGAUGCUGGCGUUUACCUUCAGUUUAAAGAUUUGUUCUAA